AUUAAAUGAAAUCAUAAUGUUACUUACAUGGUUAUCCUUUAGAAUGUUAGAACUAGUUGUAAGAUCUUUUCAAUUUGAUUCGUGAAGGAGAAGAGUUCAUAACACUGGAGAGAAUCUUCAAAUUAUUGCGUGUAAUAAUAGCAACAAUAUAUUAAAUAUUAGGCUUGGUAAUAUGAAGUUCCAUUCUCGAAUUUAUGUAAGUUGCUUAGGAAGGCAAAUUAAGCAUGUCAUUUGAAUGCAAAGAAUUAUGUAAAUGAAAUGGCUUUUCAUUAAUUGGUUCAUAAUCCUGAUAUACAAAUGAGUUACAAGCCAAAGAAGGAUGAGACAGUUGGUACUCCUCCAACUUUAUAUGGAUUAUUUAAGAGAAUAGGUGAGUAGAUUGAAAGGAAGAGAUUACAAGAGAAGGUGAACGAUGAAUCUAUAACGAAUAAAGAGAAGUUUAAUUUUAUGCUUCAAUUAUUGUAAGUGGGAUCACCGAGAAAUGAGAGAGAAAAUUCAAUAGUAGUAGAGAAAGUGAAGAGUGUAAGGAAAUUUAAAGAUGAUGAAUUUAAAAUGCUAAUAAAGCCAAAGAAAACAAAGAGAAAGGCAGAAAGUAUGUAGGAUCCUCCUUAAGUAAGUGUAGAAACAAAGUUUACAAAACUUCCGAAUGCAACAUUACAUCUUCCAACAAGUAGAAUAAGAAGAUUACAUGAUCGUAUGAUGUAAUAGAUGGAUGAAAUAAGAAUGGAUCCAAAUGUAUAGAAGUUGAGCAAUAUAAUUCAUAAAUCAUAGGGAAACCUAUCAAUUAGGUUACCAUAAAUUUAAUAUAUAUGAA